AAAAGAAAGACCUUGAGAUUCAAGCCUUCCUUUUACACUGGAUUAUAUUCACAGGAUUCAUAUUAUGCAUAUACGGGUAUGGUAACUAACUAGUCCAUAUAGCAUGAGGUUACAUUAAACAAACAUGUUUCUGCAAGUCGGAAAUUCUCCAGAUCGUGCUAAAUUAUUAUUGUCAUCCUAAAUACUAUUUUUUUUGUAUCUAAAUACAUACAUUUGCCGUGAGACUCAUGCAGCUCAACUGCAAACAUGGUUUUGAACGCACGCUCAUUACUUGUACUUCUAUCUUCCAUUCUGGUGUACACAUUUUAUGAUUUAUAUUUCAAAUUAGAAUAUUCUCCAGUCAUUCAAACUUCGAGUGGGAAAGUUAGGGGUGUAGUUUCAAAAUCUAGACUAGGAAAUAGUUUUUAUCAAUUUACAGGGAUUAGGUAUGCUGAGGCACCUGUUCAAAAUCUAAGGUUUUCUAGUCCUCGGCCUGUGAAGCCCUGGUCUGGUAUUUUAGAUGCUACUCAGUUUGGGCCUAAAUGUGUUCAAGUGGAUGGGCUCUCUCGAACCGUAACCGGAAGUGAAGAUUGUUUAUUCCUCAAUAUAUUCUCCCCAGAAAAGGCAAUCUCAAAUGGGAACAAUUUAUUGCCUGUGAUAUUUUACAUUCAUGGAGGGUACUUCAUGGUGGGCAGUUCAUCGUAUAUGGGACCCGAAUUUUUUAUGGAUGAGCCCAUAAUUUUAGUUACUUUGAACUACAGAUUAAAUGUUUUUGGAUUUCUUUCUACGGGGGAUUCCGCUUCAAAAGGCAAUUUCGGACUAAUUGACCAAAACCUGGCGUUAAGAUGGAUAAACGAAAACAUCAAAUACUUUGGAGGUGAUCCCUCAAGGAUUACUCUAGCUGGUCAGAGCGCAGGAAGCGUUGCAGUUCAUUUGCAUAUGUUAUCCUCAAUGUCAAAUGGAUUAUUCUCUGGGGUAAUAAUGUCCAGUGGAACUGCCAUUAAGCCGCUAUCCUUAGUUAAUGAUCCAAAAGCCCAAGCAAAAAAUCUAGCAAGACAGUUAAAUUGUCCUACAGAGAAGUCUAGUGACCUUGUUGAAUGUCUAAGAAAUAUUGAACCAAAUACCAUUAUCAACGCUCAGCUACAUGCGCUUAGUUCUCCUAUUAUGAACGAAUUAGAGAUUUUUGCACCUUCAAUUGAAACCAAUUGUAUUAUGCCUGCGGGUGAAGAAUGUUUUCUUUCUGCCCAUCCUUAUGACAUUUUGAAAAAUGGGGGUUCCGCAAGAGUACCAAUUCUCACGGGGGUUAACAAGGAUGAAGGAUUGCUUUCUACUGCCAGAAUUUUCGUCAAUGCUUCAUUGCAGGAAUUUGUGAGCACUAAUUGGAACGAUUUAUCUCCAAAUUUCUUCCGUUAUGACAAGUCUGCAAAGAAUUUAACGGACAAAAUUCGAAAAUUUUAUAUCGGAGACGAUAGUCCUUCCCAACAACGUCUUGCAUUCAAGGAAAACUUUCAGCAUAUUACCAACAUUUUUUCAGACCGUUUAUAUAUUCAUGCGACUAGAGAAACUGUCAAAAUCCAGUCCAAGUUUUCUAAAAUUUACCUCUAUUACUUUACAUACCCUUUACAACGUGGGAUGACGUACUUGUUUGAUAUUGAUCCGGAUUUGCCUAUUCUUCUGCAAUUUAUUUGGAAGGAAAUACGGUGGUUUCUGAAUGAACACAUUUUCCAAGUACCAAAUUUAUUCUUGGGAUGCGGUCACGGGGAUGAUAUUGCUUUGCUAUUCAAGUUCCCAGUAUUUCAUUUGUCUCCAGACUCGAAGGACUUUGCAAUGUCAAGACAGCUUGUAAAAUUAUGGGCCGACUUUGCAACAAAUCACCAUGCUCUAACGUUUGAUGGGAACUCUUGGCCUCCAGUGGAAAAAGAUGCAAAAAAUCUAAAGUACAUGUUUAUUGGAAACGGUGAAAAUCAUGGAUCUCUUGUCGAUGAACCUUUUGCUCAAAGGAUGGUUUUUUGGGAUAACAUUAACCUACCUUGGAAAAUACGAUAAUUAUUAUUACAUAAUGUGUCUGGUGUGUAAUCGGAUUUUAGACUAGUGGCUAUAUUGAUGCAUAGUUUAUUAUUGCAUGACUGACAAAUAUUUGAAAAAUAAAGACAGAUUUAUAACUUUUA